GACCUUAUAAUGAUGAUACCAUAAUUUAUUAUUUUGUCAACCAAUUUCCACUUCGAUUGUCGUUAAGAAUGAUUAUUGUAAUUUAAUGGAUGAUAAAAUAAAAAAUUUUGAACACCAAAUAUUCUUACCAUUGAAGUGAAUUUUGGCUCAACUCUUGGAUAAAAAGAAAGAAAUAUUGACUUAUAACUACGAACUCGCAUUUUUAUUUUUACUUGUUUUAAUGUAACCAUUAUUUAAUUUAUAGGUUUUUAUCAGAUGUUAUAGGAUCCACAGGAAACUGUUAAGACGAAAUGAGAUACGAAAAAGAUACAUGAUUUUUCCGGAUUAUGUCAAGGACAUUUAUUUUAUAAGCGCUUGAUGAAGAGGUUAUAAAGCACGAAACGUUGCAAAAUAAAAAGAUUUCGUCUUCACAGUUUUCUUUGGAUCAUAUACUGUCUGAUCAAAAACUAUAUAUCUAUCAUCAAGGAUCUGACAGAAUUCAACAUUAUUUUGUUUAUAGAACUUUUGUGGUACGAUGAAGAAUGAAAAAAGGAAUGUCGGGUGGAUUGUGAUGGUGGUUACUUUUUUCUUAAUAGGAUUACUAGGAGUAAGUACGAUAGUCAACAGUGUAAUGCCAUCGGCAAAUGCUGCUGUCCUUCGUUAUUAUGGAUUGCAGCAACCAGGUAAGAACGUAGAAAAAAUCGAAUCUACUGCCUCUCAAACGGAUUUAAGGAGAAAUAAAAGAGAACCUCAGUACUACGGAGAAAACGAUCCAUACGGAUAUCAACAAACUAGUAAUUUUGGUGGUGGUGUUUUGAGUUCGGUUGGUAGAGUGGUUCUAACUCAUGCGGGCAAGCAAAUCGUUUCGGCGACAGGAAGUGAGGUAAUAGAUAGAAAUGAACUACUUGAUAGACCACACGAGAAAAAGCAUGGAGUACUUUUAGCUGGUGGAGCGGUUGUCGGAGGUGCAAUAGGGGCUGUAGUUGGAAGCAUGGUUCCUGGUGUAGGAACAGCAGUCGGACUAGCACUUGGUGGUGUUGUGGGAUCUGGUGUGUUAUAUCUUGGUACUAAAAUCUUCGAUUAACGUUUUUCUUUGUAAUACUUAUUUAGAUUUUUCAUUGUAUUACUUUUGUUUAAAUCAUACUACAUUUCUGUGAUUAAAUAACCUAAAACUUUUACACAUCAUUGUAGUACAAAGCAGUUAAAAAUUG